ACCCAAUAUGCAUUUCAAAACUGCUGUUAUUCUCUGUGCGUUGUACUUCGUGACCAUAACACAUAGCGUCGGAGUCAAUCAGGAUCAAGUCAAAAUGAUUGUUGAAUUUGUCAAACCACACGAAAACGCUAUAGACCAAAUUCCUCCAGAAAAAUUCGAAGAAAAAUUUCGAGAAAUGGGCGUGAAGGAUGUGACAGGUUUUACAUAUGAAACAGGUACGAAAGACGGCCAAAAAGUACAAAAUGUUAUGGUAUUUCUGGCCAAAAACAAUAAGACUUCAGACGACUGGAAAAUCCUAAGAUUAUCAACCUACGAAGUAACAAUUUUUUUGAGCUUGUUCAGACAUCAUGACAAAAUAGGAGACGAUAACGAUGGUCUAGUUAACUCUAAAGAAGUACAAAAUAUCAUUAAAGAUUUAAGUUUAAAUGAAAACGAGAAAAACAGAUUGGCCGGAAAAUUCAAAGGUGACGUAACAAUUAAUUUCGCGGAGUUCAUACUUGGCUAUUUGGAUGUAAAACCAGAAGUAUGAAAUUAUGGUUUCGUUAAAGGAUUGAU